CCGCUGGUUCCAAUCCUCGAAUUCAGACCGUCCCGUCUUCUCAUCCUCAACAAUAGUAUCUCGUCCGCAGCUUCGAGGAAUGUGAUUCCUGGCUCAGUCCCUUUCUUCCCGAGCCUUUCCUCCUGUAACUUCCACUCCUGCCAAUCCGCCCACUGAUUCUUUUACUUCUUUGCCACACAAUGCUUCAAAUUUGGUGAAUGUGAUCCCUCCCUUCCUGGUCCUCCUUUUCAACGUGAUCAAACUGCAAUGGAGGAGGGAAUCCCCGCUACCACGCAAACAAGAUCAAAUUCGACAGUGCACCCAAUCCACUCAAAGGGGCUAUUUGCACCAAUCAUGCGAAAUCCGCGUGUACGAAAAAAAAUCAACGUGUUGUAUAUAACCAAACUUCAUCUGCGCUACGUCGAGAUCAAGCUGCUAAAUCCAGUUUUGUCCUCCUUUCCUCAAAUUCACAAUUCGUCGCAAACAAUUUCCUCGCCGACUGCCCUAGUCCCACCACGCAUUCAAGUUAUCAUCAACGGUACUUCUCGACACAUUUUUGCACAACACUAUGGGAGUUUCGGAACAUCGGACUCACUAUACUGGUGCAUCACUUUCUCUUAUUGUCCAGGAAGGGAGGAAGGGAACACAUUGACGAAAUUCAAAGCAUUGUCAGGUGGAGAUGUAAUAAAAAUUAGUGGGCGGAUUGCCAGGAGUGGAAGUUUCGGGAGGAAAAAGUGAAGAAGGCCGAGCAAGAAAGUUGGGAAAGAGACUGAGCCAGGAAUCGCACUACUUGAAGCUACGGACGGAGUUGUAUUGUCGAGAGGAAGAGAAGGCAGAAGAGUCUGAAUUCGAGGACUCGAACCAGGGGGAGCAUCGGAAGCCAUGACGUCACCUCCAGCUGCACUGGUUGAAGCCGUGAACCUCGACUCG